UCAAGGAUUACGUGGAUGUCUGAUCACCUUCCGAGCGCAUGGGGAGCUCCGUCCCGUCCGGACCAGAGUGACACCGCCGUCCGCCGGGCCUCGGCGCUGACUUCGCAGUCGGGAGGAUGCCGUCCCUGCACCACGGCGCCAUCUUCAUCGGCGCCUUCCUCAUCGUGACCGGCGGCUCCACCGCCUUCCUGGCCUCGUCGCAGAGUCGGCUGCAGCCCUUCUCCCUGUGCUGCGUGGUGCUUGGGGUGGUCAUGCUCAUCCUGGGCCUCUUCUGGGCCAUGAACAGCAAAAGCCCCUCCAGCUACAACCAGCAGGAGUUCGACCCCGACUGCCCUCACUACCCUUACAACGAGUUUGCCGGCUACAGCAGCCAUGCUCUCUUUGCCCACGACGGGAAUCGCUUCCCGGAGUCCCAGUCGGCGUAUCUGCCGGGGACUCUGGACCGCCAAAGGCACAACGCUCGUGGGGAGGAGUUCGACUAUCCCCCCAUGGACCCCGGCGGUUUCAGUCCGCCGCCUCACCCUCCCCCCUGGCUGGGACCGCCGCCUCCCUACGAGGUGGCCAUCAAAACCACGUGCAGCUCCACGCACCUGCGCCGCGCCUACUCCGACACGCACCUGGCCGCCGAGCCGCUCUUCGGACGCUCCAGAGAGAUCAGCUUCGAGGUUUAAAAAUGGAGGGAAAAAAAGGAAAGAGAUCCAUCCAUCCGUUUUCUAGAGUGCUUUUCUUCGAUUAGGUGAUCUGGAGACUAUCCCAGCCGACUUUGAGGUGACAAG